AUGCAUUCCACCAUCUUAUCGGCUCUACUUGUGAGCUCACUUGUUGCCGCCAAGGGCGCAGUCGAAUUACUUCAAUUUGAGAAUUUUGGUUAUUCGGGAGCAUACACCCCGGUUGCCAAGCUAAGCGACAUAUACAGCGACUCGUGCUCGUGUGAACUCUCCUCCACUGAAGUCACAUUCUCCGGUGCAAACACCCCAUUGAACGAAGAAGUUAGUGUCCAUUUCCGUGGCCCUUUGAUCUUGAGUAAAUUCGCCUCAUAUGUGUCUGCAGAUUACGUUUACGGUGAUGACAGUUCAGGAAACUGGACCAGGUUAAGUUAUUACGAUGCUGAUAGUGGAACUAGCGAUAACGUCACUUUUUUGACCAAGGCCGGUAAAAACUCUUCGUGUUUGGGUGUGGGAUUAACCUAUGCCGACUCAAACGGGACUGGAGCUGCAGACUCCUCUACCGUGUUGGCCAAAGAUACAUUGAUCAACUCGAAUGACGAGUAUGUCAUCUUUUCAAACAUUUCUUGUGGAGAUUCCGGAUCCGAUGGUGACUGUGGGGUUUAUAGAUCAGAUAUCCCAGCAUACCAUGGUUUUUACGGCACAACAAAGAUGUUUUUGUUUGAAUUCCAAAUGCCCAAUGAGACACAUACAUCAUCUGAGAUUUCAAACUACAAUAUGCCUGCAAUCUGGUUAUUAAAUGCACAAAUUCCUCGUACUUCACAGUAUUCAAAUAAUGUCAAUUGUUCAUGUUGGAGAUCAGGCUGUGGAGAAUUUGAUAUAUUUGAGGUAAUGAAUACUACUGAGUAUUUAAAUUUGUACAGCACUGUUCACGAUUACCAAGGAACUGAUGACAUUGAAAGCGGCUUGGCUAUAAGCUCAUACAUCCAAAGAGACUUGACUGGUACUAUGAUUGGAGGUGUAAGCUUCGACUCAAAGGGAGACGCCACCGUGUGGGUUUCUAAUUCCACAAGCUUCGACGAGACAUUAGACGCUGCCAAGGUCAACUCCUGGGCAAAGGAGGCUGAUGCUGAAGCCACAACCACUUUGACAUCUGCUUCAUUAAAUAUCAAUACUGCAACCUCGAGUAGUAGCUCAAAGAAAGGCGACGGUGCUGAGUAUAGACCGUCAUAUUUGAUGAACUUGGUCGCCAUGGCCUUGUCCAUGUUGUUUCUUUAA